UGCAGUCAUCUCAGUUUUAAUUUGAAGCAUAUUUUUAUACUUCGCUUGUUUGUAUCAAUUGCAAAGAUAUUGGUAACUUUGUAUUUGUAGUGAACUUUGUUCUGAAGUUACCUGCGGUCACAGACUGAUAAACCCAAUAUUUAGCGGAGAUAUUCUGUGUAGCCUAUAGGCCUAAAGUGACGCGGUAGGGCAAAAAAGAGCAUAUACGAAGCACUUGGCUUUUCUACGAGUGGUCGGAGGCAAAAAUUAGACUACGAGCGUUUUCAAGGGCAACGUUAACGAUGGUUUUGGGAAACAGCUCGGAGAUUGAACAUAGCUUUGAGAUGCUUUUGGAAAACCGGGCCUUGGCGUUUUGGAAUCAGCUUGCUACCCAACCUUUCAUUCAGUUUGGUCCAAAGCCAUCUUGUGGGGAUAUGAGCCAAUCCCAGGCAUGCCCGCUCAACUACUCCCCAGUGUGUGGUAAUGAUGGAAACACUUAUCCCAACGAGUGUUCUCUGUGUGUUCACCGGCUGGAAACCAAUGCAGACAUCUUGAUAGUGAAAGACGGAAGUUGCUGAAGAGUAGCCUACUCAAGUACAGAUGAUUCCGCUGUGAAUGUGAUAUUAUCAUCACAUUUAUCUUUGAUUCUUUCUGUGAUUGUAGAAGUAGUUUUUUUAUGGAACACUCAUGCACAGUACACACACAAUCAUUUAUAAUCAUAUUCAUUUGUAUUCAAUCUUAACACUAUCUUUGUAAAGAAUAAAUCGAUUUUUCAGUCACAGCUCCUGUGGAAUCUUUUAUCAUUAAAGGUCCAGAUGCUCA